AUCAAAGUUGGAGAAGUUGUGCGGAGACCGAAGAUCGAAUGAAGAUGGAUUUUAAACGGACAUGAAUGUCAGAAAGUAAUCAGAAUUAAAAAGAAACAUCAAGAAUGAGGUCGAGAAGAAGAGAAGUGACCAGAGCUCUACCAUACUUCCUCAUUUUCACGGGAAUUUUAACUUUUUCAAAGUUGCCUUUAUUUUUUCAAAACAAAAUUCUUGAAAAUGGGGAAUUGGAAAUAGAAAUUGGUGAAAAUGAUUUUUUGCCAUUGGGAGGUGACUUUGAAAAACAUACCUCACGUAGACUUCUGGCCGAUGAUGGUCUUCCAAACUGCACGAAGGCUGCCAUCACAAAAUUCCCAAAAGGCUUCUUUACCGAUGACCAGCGAAAUAAGGGAGCAAUCAUUAUCCAUAUUCUAUUGGGAGCUUACAUGUUUAUUGCCCUGGCUAUAGUUUGUGAUGAUUAUUUUGUGCCUGGGUUGGAACAAAUUUGUGAAGCAUUGCACAUGUCAUCGGAUGUUGCGGGAGCCACGUUUAUGGCUGCAGGGAGCUCUGCACCUGAAUUAGCAACAUCUUUAAUAGGAACAUUUGUAACUCAGGAUGACAUUGCUCUAGGUGCAGUUGUUGGCUCAGCAGUCUUUAACAUCCUCUUUGUCAUCAGCGUUUGUGCCUUGUUUGGAGGGGCUAUUGUCCAAUUGAAUUGGUACCCUAUGGCCAGAGACACCAUAUUUUAUGCCAUCAGUAUUGUAGCCUUAGUCAUAGUUAUUCUAGAUGAAAAAAUAUAUUGGUAUGAAGGACUAAUUCUCCUUUUGCUAUAUGCCUUGUAUAUACUGCUGAUGAAAUUCAACUCAAGAAUUGAAGCCUACUGCUUGCAAAAAGUGGAUGGAUGCUGCAAUUGUACAAAAUUCUCAUGUACAAAAUCUUCUGAGGAUAAAGAAAAAAUAUUGAUGAAUGGUAACUCUGUCUCAGAAUCCAUGAAUUACAACUCAUUGAAGGACAAACACGAGACUGGUGACACUUCUGAAAGUGACUUUCCUAGUGAUGGUAUAGAAAAUGAUUCUAGAGAAUUCCAUCCACUUCUUAUUGCUCAAGGUGGUGAUAACUCUAUGCACUGCUUUAAUACUGACGAUGAAGAAAACAUGGUGCAGGUGAAGACGCACCUAGAAGAGGAAGUGGAGUCUCCAUUCCUCCCCCCUAAAGGCUGCUGGAGAAAGGCUCUCUGGGUCAUCUCUCUACCACUCAUUGCGUUGCUCUUCAUUACCAUUCCAGACUGCAGAAAAGAACGCUGGAAAAAGUGGUAUCUUCUGACAUUUUUAAUGGCAUGUAUAUGGACUGGUCUGUUUUCUUAUGUAAUGGUCUGGAUGAUAACAGUUAUUGGUCAUACGAUAAGUAUCCCAGAUUCCAUUAUGGGGCUUACAUUUAUAGCAGCAGGGGCUAGUGUACCAGACGCCAUAUCCAGCCUUCUUGUUGUCAAAGAUGGGUUUGGGGACAUGGCUGUGUCUAAUGCAAUAGGUAGCAAUGUCUUUGAUAUUCUGCUGUGCCUUGGAUUACCAUGGUUUCUGAAGUCAAUCAUUCAACAAAGCCCAAUUGUUGUAUUUAGCGAUGGUCUGGUCUACUCCUCCAUAGCAUUGUUCUCCACUGUAAUCUUCCUACUACUUGUAACUUAUUUGAAUGGUUGGAGAUUGACAAAACUAUAUGGAGCUAUACUCAUGGUGGCUUAUUUCGUUUUCCUAGUUUUUGCAUCAUUAUUUGAAAUGAAUGUAUUUGGGGAUUUUAAUCCCCCUGUCUGUCCAAUUAAGUUAUGAAAUCCAGUGAUGAAUAUUAAUUGACGAGACACCAGUGAUUAAUGGGAAUGCAAUCCAAAUUGCUAUUCAAAAAUCAGAUGAGCUGAUUCAAAAAUCAGUGGAGAAAUAUUUACAGGAUGUAUGGGAUGGAAAAAAGAUAUUUACAGAAAAAGUAUCUGAGAAAUUAUAAACAGGUCUCUCUUUUCACUGGUCUCCACUUAUUUACAAGGAUAUGGGUCAUUCAAGCAGCAUCACGGAUGGGCUUCCAGUACACGAGCAUUUUUCAUUUCACUUAUUUUCUAAAGCUAAGUGGAAAAGUCUUGCGACUUUGUUAAAGUUGCAUUCUUGGAACAGUAUGAAGAAAUAAAAUUGUAUUUUCUGAUUUGAACUGGAAACUGGGUGAUAUUUUUCAAGUAAAUAUUGCUGCUAGCUUUUUUAGCUAAAUAUGAGAAUGUAACUUGACUUCUUAAAGGAUGAAAGAGGAGAGUGAUGAAUUAUCUAAAUAUCAGCUGUUGCAGAACAGUCCUAUCUAGAUGGGGACCAGUGCUUUUGAAAAAAUUAUUUAUUCAUUAUAUUUUUAUUCUUCAUUUUGGUGAUGUGAAAAAAUUGCCAAUCUUUAUGUAUAUUUACUUGAACUCAUUGGCGUUCUAAUCAAUGUGACUUUAUUUUGUGUGGUCAAAAUUACAAAAUUUACAAAUGAAGUACAAGUACAAUAAUUUGACAUUUUGACACUGUUAUUAUUUUUGUUUUAAUGUAUAUUUGAUAUUUUAAAGAUGAAUCUAUAUAUAGAAUCUCUGUGAUAUAUUUUACAUCACGUACUGUGUGUAUAGUACAUGUAUAGCAUGUAAUAUUUGUGUUUAAGAUGUGUUUCGAACAAAAAAAGUUGCAGUAGAAAUCAAAAUUUGUCAAAUGUUUUCCUCCCCACUGUAUAUUAUUUAAACAGAAUAAUUGAUUUGAAAGACUGUA